AUCAACAAAGUUUCCUCUAAAAAAAUAUAAAAAAAUAAAAUUAGAUCAAUAUUAGUAAAACAAAUAAUCAGGUGAUUAUAAGAUUCAUUUAAAUUAACACCAUAUAUUUAUUUCAUUAAUUACAAUUGAAAAUAUCUAAAACCCUAAGCCCCAAAACACAACCGCCUUUCUAUAUUUCACUCUCAGUCAGCUAAAAGCAUUUAUAGUCUCUCUCACUCCUCUCUCUCUCUCCACUCCAUUCCUCGAUAAACCCUAACAAAAACCCUAGGGUUUAAUCUCCGCAAACCGGAAUUUCCCACACAAAAUCAGGAGAAAAUGGGCAGCCUUGUUCUGAUCAGGAGAUCGUCCCAAUCGUCGUUGAAGACGCUCGCGCUCACCGCCGUCAGCCGUUUCAUUUCCGUCAAUCCACUAUCAGCUCCGUCGAAUGCGGCUUCUGGCGCACAGAUUCACACCUGCGCAGCUGAUUCGGUGCUGCCUAAAGCUGCUCCGUGCGUCGGAUUGGGGAGGAGUUUCCAUUCCGGCCAGGCUUUGCGGGCUGGGUUUGCUGUGGCUGAUUAUUCCGAUGGGGAAAGGGCCUCGAGCGGGCCCGCCGAUGAAGGGCUCGAGAUCGCCAAGCUUGGUAUUGCGCCGCAGAUUGUGUCGGCUUUGAAGAGUAAGGGCAUCGAGAAGCUUUUCCCGAUUCAGAGGGCAGUGUUGGAGCCUGCCAUGGCGGGUCGCGAUAUGAUAGGGCGAGCACGAACUGGAACGGGGAAGACCCUAGCUUUUGGGAUUCCCAUCAUGGAUAAAAUUAUUAAGUACAACCAGAAGCAUGGACAGGGCAGGAAUCCUUUGGCCCUUGUUAUGGCUCCAACAAGAGAACUUGCUCGACAGGUUGAUAAAGAAUUUUCAGAGUCCGCCACAGAAUUGGAUACACUUUGUGUCUAUGGGGGUGUCCCAAUAUCCCGCCAAAUGAGCACUCUUGACCGUGGUGUUGAUGUGGUUGUUGGAACUCCUGGCCGUCUCAUUGAUUUGAUUAAGCGUGGUUCCUUGAACUUGUCGGAGGUGCAGUUUGUUGUCCUUGAUGAAGCUGAUCAGAUGCUUAAUGUGGGAUUUGCAGAAGAUGUUGAGAUGAUCCUGAGCUUCAUAAAGCAGAAACACCAGACAAUGAUGUUUUCAGCUACAAUGCCAAAUUGGAUACUGAAACUUACCCAAAAGUUCUUGAAAAGCCCGGUUACUGUGGACCUUGUGGGAGACUCUGAUCAGAAAUUAGCUGAUGGGAUUACCUUAUAUUCGAUUGUGUCAGAUACGCGGCAAAAACCAGCUAUACUCGGACCUCUGAUAACUGAGCAUGCAAAAGGAGGUAAAUGUAUUGUGUUUACUCAGACGAAGCGUGAUGCUGAUAGGUUGGCGUAUGCUAUGCAAAGGAGCUUUAAAUGUGAACCGUUGCAUGGUGAUAUAACACAGAACCAAAGGGAAAGGACUCUAUCUGCUUUUCGUGAGGGAAGGAUCAAUAUUUUAGUGGCCACUGAUGUAGCUGCGCGUGGGCUUGAUGUGCCAAAUGUUGAUCUUGUGGUGCAUUAUGAACUUCCAAACUCUUCUGAGAUUUUUGUUCAUCGGUCUGGACGAACUGGCCGUGCUGGAAAGAAAGGUAGUGCGGUCCUUAUUUAUUCAGACCACGAAUAUAGGGAAAUUAAGGCUAUUGAGCGUGAAGUUGGAUGUCGUUUUGUUGAGCUCCCGAAGAUAGCUGUUGGAGAUGAUGCUAUGAGCAUGUAUAGUGCCAUGGAUCAGGGUGGCCGUUCUGGUUUUGGUGGAAGCAGCAGGGGAGGUGGUCGAUUUGGUGAUUCUGGUUUUGGUCGUUCUGGUGGUUAUGGGGGUGGCCGUUCUGGUGGAUAUUCUGGUUCUUCUGGUGGAUAUGGAGCUUCAGGAGGUGGUCGUUUUGGUUCUGGUGGUGGAUUUGGGGGACAGGGUUCAGGCCGAUCCAGCGGUUUUGGUUCUAGUCGGUCAGGUGGUUCCGGGGGCCGUUCAGAGGGUUUUGGUGCCCUUUUAGGUGGUCCCGUUAGAAACAAUGAUUCACGUGGCUCUGGUGGUUUUGGUUUUGGUUCUGAUCGAUCCAGUGGAUCUCGGAAGAGUUCUGGUUCCCGCUUUGGUGGUAGUGAUGGCAAUGAUGACGGAUUCUUCUAAAGAUAGCAAAGCAUUAUCGUAGCAGCACACGCAAAGAUGGCGAAAAUUACCAUCCGGGAGCAAAGCUCGUCAGUCAUCUACUCUGAGAAUCGCCUGCUUUUGAGUCGGGACGAGUAGGGAUUAUCUCCGUCGUGCUGCUGCUGCUGCUGCUGCUUAAGACUUGUAAUAUGCCAUAUGUUACUGUCUUGUUAGUUGCUAGUGUUCAUAGUUGCUGAUGUCAAAGCCUUGGAUCCAUAAUUUUUGCUUUAGAUUUUUAAGAAGGGAAUGGUUUCUUGAAUAUCGCCUUGACAUAAUGCUCGGAUUUAUUAUGUAUAAAUCGGCAAUAGGAACUCAUGCUGCCUCAAGAGACACAAAACUUUGUGCUACUGAUUAUAUAUCUCCACAUUUAUUGUAA